GCAGUUGUUUUCUAUAAUCGAAAAUUAGACGAGUUACUUUGUAAUAUAUGUAUGAAAUUUAAUGCAAACAAUAAAAAAAAAAGUUUGCAUCAAUAUAAAGAUUAUCUGCUAACUUAUCGAAAUUAGACACAACCUUUUCUACAAUGCCUCUACCAAGCGGUGCAUUUGGCCAGCAGCAGGGACCCUCGUGCUUCGACCGAAUGAAGACUGGUUUCACCAUUGGUUUUUGUGUUGGAAUGGCAAGUGGAGCUAUUUUUGGUGGAUUCUCCGCUUUACGUUACGGCAUGCGUGGUAGGGAGCUUAUCAAUAACGUUGGGAAAGUUAUGUUGCAAGGAGGAGGAACCUUUGGUACUUUCAUGGCGAUUGGCACAGGCAUACGUUGUUAAAUAUAUUUUUGGUCAUGAAUUCUAUUUCUUAGUUGAUAUUUUAAGUAAAAUAAAGAUAUAUGUAUAUAUAACUUUGAA